UAUAAACAGUUUGAUUUACAAAGAGAAGUAGGAAGAUUAUUUAAAUCAAAGAAAAAUGUCGGACGUUUUUAAAAGCUUUGUUUUAUUUAUAGCUUUAACUUUCUUUAAAGUUUCUGGUGUGGAUUUCACUAUAAGCAGGGAGAGAGUUUUACUAGGCAGCACAGGAACAUUAACUAUGACAUGUGAUGUCUCUGAAACAGAUGUAAAUAAUAUUUACCUCAUAUCGAUACGGAAACUUAGAUCAGCAACGCUUUCAGGAUCAGAACAAAACGAUUGGCAGACUUUAAUAAUAAUGGAAGCAGGAAUAAAUGAAACCCCUUCUUUAAGUUCAGAUAUUGCAGCUGUAGCAGCUACUAAAGAUUAUGUUGCUGGAGGAUUAUGGGAUUCUACAACACCUGCUAACACGUUUCUUACAUUGGACAUGAACAUAGAGAAGUUAGUUUGUGAUGAUGCCAGGACUUAUAGAUGUGAAUUGUCUUAUAAAAGUUCCACAACAAGUUCAGUUACAUCAGCUAAUAGGAAUUCAACUUUCUCAGCAUAUGUAAGACCCCAAGUGACAUCAUUAAUAACAAGGAAGAAUGGAUUUAUAGUACAAGGAACGUCACCAUCUGACAUAGCCAUUGCUGAGGUAGGAGAUGAGUUGGAACUAACAUGUACUGCUAAUAUAGGAAGCUUGCCAGGAACUAUUAUUCGAUGGCAUAGAACAUCGGAAACAUCCCAAAAUGAUGACUUUAUUGGAUAUCAAGCACCACAAGGAACAUAUGAUGAGGGCACUGCAGUCAGUGACAAUCAAUGUGGAUAUACACGAGAAGCUACAACCAGAUACAACACAACAGCAGCUGAUGCCAAUAGAGAAAACAAUCUGGCAUUUGAAUGUUAUGUUACCGUUACUGGAGAUCCUUAUGGGAACUCUUAUACUUCUGAAAACAAUCCGAGAUUUUAUACUGACGUCAAUAAACCUAGUUACGAAGAGACAGGUAGUAUAACAGGUAGAAACGAGAUAAGUGUAGCAGCAGGAGUUAUGGCCGCGAUUGUCAUUGCCUCACUAAUUGUUGGUAUUCUAAUCGGUGUUGUUUUUACAUGGGUUGUUUUAAAUAGAAAACGGACAGCAACAGGCCUGAAGAAGCAAAAUCAACACCAGCCAACAUCAGUGUCACGAGAAACAGAAUUAUUUAAUGUUCCGUCACAUUCACCAAAUACCUACGAACAACUUCAAAAUAGAACAGAAACUGAAAGCAGGAUGGCUUAUGAUUCUCUAAACGCUGCUUCAGCAAAUUCCAGCACAGUACCAGACAGCCAAUCACAGUAUGAGAGUCUUAAACAUGGAGGAGGAGGGACAUCUCACACUUACGCAGGUCUAAAUAUCAACCAAUAAAAUUUGAAAGAUGUACCUUGGCUGCUUCGACUGCUUCACCAUAUAUGUACUAGAUAUAGAUUUUUGACACAUUCUUUAAUUGUCUAUAAUUUUGUGAUUUAUUCGUACACACAAUAAACAUUAUAAAGGGAAUUGAUUUUGCAGGAGAUUACUCCGAGCAAAUGAAGUUAUUUGAGCAAUUCGAGUUCGACCAAACGGAGUUCACUUGUAUUUGUGUAGAUAUGACAGGGAAAAUCAAAUGUGUUGUCAUCUCAUACCUUAUCAAUUUGAUAACCAGGCUUUAUUAAAAAGUAAUUUUUCGUAUCUCCAGUUUAAAUGAUCAUUAAUGCACCCAAUCUGUUUAAAAUCAACUGUUAAUAAUGUUCUGUGUUUAGAUCUGACCAUCAACAAAUACGGAGUAAAUUCUCAAGACCUUUCAAACAGCCAAUUAUCCGCAAUCUUUAAUAAUUUUGAUUCUGUUUCUAUAUUUAAACGCUGGAAAGUCAAUAUCGAGAAGAAGGUCAUCACGAUUUCGAACGAUUUACAGGCUGUCCACCCCUCAGGCCAAUAUUUUGCAGACACUUCACCACUCGGACAGUUCAUCCUCGUUUUAAGAAAUUUGAUUGAAACACUUCACCCACAUUUUUUUAUCUUGUGUUCAAAAAUAUCUACAUGUUAUUUAGAAAAUGUUAGAAUUAUAAUUGUGGUCAAUAGUCACUGCUAUUGAGAAAAGUAUUUGUUCUAUAAUACUUUACUUUUGUUUGAAGAUGAACGGAAUAGAAUAGUGUAUAUUGUUAGUGUAAUCCAUUGGAAAACAUAUAAAAAUAACGUUCAUUAAUUUAGUGACAAAAUAAUGCUUUAAAUUUGUACUUAAUUUUCAUAACUUGUGCUUUUUUAUUUUACUUUAAGAAGUAAAUCCAUAAAUGAAAAGUCAAAAUGUCCUUAAAAAACUGUGAGUUGUUUAUAAAGAUAUUGAAAUCCAUAAACUGUAUACCAUUAAUUAACACAUGUUAUGCAUUAAAUCUAAUUUCAAAGGUAUAACAAAAGAUGCAUACAACAAAGCAAAUAGAGACACAAACCACUAAGUUCUAAAUUUCCUUUUUAUCAGGCAUGCAUGUAAAGCUUCGAGCAUUUCCUGGGACGUUUUGUGCGAUUUAACUUAAGUUUGUGUUGUCUGUUUGCUGAAAAUAUUUAUCACUGUUUAGAUGUUCGCUUACAGAAAUGUUUAAUACUUUAUCAUUCAGAGAGAAUAUGAAAUAUAUUGUUGUUGUUUGUUUUGCUCGUUCUUUUCCUUAUCAUUGUUUUACACGUUUUCUCGAAAUAAAACAUGAGUUCGUCUUACGGUACGUCAUUUUCAUAACAUCACACACAAAGCGGUAGAUUAAUUCAAUAUUACACAUCAUACAUCUAUACUGAACAACAGAAUGCCUAAAGAACGCUUUAAACGGUACAAUUGAAAUCUUUGCAGUCUCGAUUUGAUUGAGCAUCAUAAACAUGGAUAAAGGUAAGAUAAUAUAAGAUAAGAUAAGAUUUCUAAAUUUCCUUCAAGAAUGAAGAGAUACAUGUUAUACAAAUUACAAAUACAUUACAACGUUAACAAAAAAAACCAACAGAAACAGUGAGAAAACUAGUGAGUAUUAGUUGUAAGUAGCAACGGAUAUAUAUCCUGGUACCAGUUUUGUACCAGUAGCCCAGUAACAGUGUUUUUAUAUAUACAUGUAUGUUAGUGUUAUAAAUGUGGUAUAGAAGUGAAGUAAAUAAUGUUUUAACAAAGAGAUAUUAUAUACAAUAAAGUUAAUCGCUAAAGUCAAAAUUAGAGACUUUAUUUAUAAAUGGUAUUCGGGUUUAUCCUCUGG